UUCCAAAACGACGAACAUGGAAUGGAGUGGUUUUGUCUUUGAUCGUGGUAAAAUACUAAUACUGGUAUAAUUUCCCGUUGAAUUAUUUUUGUAAAUGAUAAAUUUAUGUGAUGCCCCGUAAAAAGAGGCGAGCAAAUCCGAAAGAAUCUUCAGCCGCGAUACCAAAAAAACGCCACGUUUCAACUUCGAAGCUAAGUUCGACUACCCUGAUCCUCACCGAUGUACAACCUGAAAAGCAAGAUGAAGUCAAACAAGUUCAAGAUAUGGAUGACGUCACACUUGUUGAAGACAGCCAGAAUCCGGAUGAGAAACCAACAGAGGAACCUCAAGUAGUAGUAUCACCCAAAUCUGAGUCAAAUCACUCUGUGAAUUUCACGCUUCCAGAAUCGACGAAUUUACUGCUCUUGAAGGAAAUCCUAGAACUUCCAAAUUUAUUCAAAGGAAUUGCAACCGCGGAGAAAAUAGUCCGUGCCAGAAAACGGUUUAUAAACCUUGGCGACAAAAACAUUACCGAUAUCCCGGAAGAACUUUUCGAUUUUGACGAAGUUGUAGAAUUACAUUUAGAAGAGAAUGAUAUUAACCAUUUAUCUCCACUAUUUGAAUAUUUCAAAAGUUUAAGAAUUCUUUAUCUCAAUGGAAAUUGCAUAUCGGAAUUGUGCCCCGAGAUUGCAAAGCUAACGCAAUUGAAAUCAAUUGAUCUGAGUUGCAAUCCACUAUCACCAUUUCCUUCGGAUAUCAUCACAAAGUUGGUUUAUCUUACUCAUUUGAGACUGUAUGAUACCGGACUAACGUCGUUUCCCGCAGAAAUAUGCAGAGUAAUGCAGUACUUGGAAGUUUUAGGACUUUCCGGUAAUGACAUCGAAGACCUACCACCAGAUUUUAUAUGCAUGCAGAAGCUACGCGAGGUUUACUUGAAAGAUAACAAAAUGGUUGAAUUUCCAAUUUGUUUGUGCGGUUUACCAAAACUUUGUAUUAUUGAUCUGGAGGGUAAUAAAGUCCAGUAUAUCCCAAAGCAAAUAUCACUUCUGAGAGAAUUGAAAAAGUUUUAUAUUUCUCGAAAUUCUCUGCUUGCGAUUGAGAAGCAGUUGUGCAAAUUGAAACAACUUGAAGUCUUAGAAGCAUCCGACAAUAGAAUUUCCGAUUUACCUAACAACAUUCAUGAUAUUAUUAGUCUGCGCGAUUUGUGCUUGGAUAAUAAUCGAAUUAGAAUUUUACCGAAGAAGUUUCAUCGUCUCGUCAACUUGGAAGUUCUUCGAUUACGUAACAACGGCAUCAGAGAUCUUCCAAAACGAAUAUCGAGAAUGGCAUGCUUGUCCAGAUUAGAUGCUGGUGGAAACAGACUCGAGCAUCUUCCAAUCAACAUUUGUGCUCUCUCGCAACUCCGUAUUCUCAUGUUGGACGACAAUCAACUGCGCGAUGUUCCACCUUAUAUCGGUCAUUUGCGAAAUUUGGUGCUUCUUAGUCUCACUGGUAAUAAAUUCGAUGUCUUCCCUAUCGCAUUGUGCAGUCUGAAAUCACUAGAGCAUUUGUAUCUCGGCCAGGAUCAAGGAAAACCAUUCACAAGGCUUCCAAACCAAAUAAAGUAUCUGGUCAAUCUUAAAAAGCUAUAUCUGGAUAACAAUCAGCUGGUAACUCUACCGGAGAGUAUCCGUGAAUUACGUCUGCUCACUACACUCGUUGUCAGCAACAACCGACUGUCCUCGCUACCAGCUUGUCUACCAAGUUUGACAAACUUAUCAACUCUGUACCUGAAUAACAAUGAUCUCACCAAACUAUCGGAAGACGUCGAUCAGUUGAAACAACUGAAAGACCUGGAUGUUUCAAACAAUCCCUGGCAAUAUCCGCCACAACAUGUUUGUGAACAAGGCCUACAAGCGAUUCUGAAGCAUAUCGCAACGGAAAAGAAAUUGAGAUACUGUGCCACCAAGAUUCAAGCAUGGUGGAGGGGAAAUAUGGUGAGGCAUGGUUUCGGACCGUUCGAUGGGGGUGCCAAGUCAAAGAAAAAAGGAAAGAAAGGAAAAGCAUCGGCAAAAGGAAAAAAGAAAGAUAAAAAGAAAAGCAAGAAAGGUGGAGGAAAGGGGAAGAAAAAGUAAUGACGCCGGUUAAAGAAAUUCAGUUAAUAUUAGAACAGAUAAAAGUCAAAAGUCAGUGGCAGAUUGAAGUUGAUCGUCUAUAAAUUUCAAAUAUUAAUUUGCAGUUAACAAUUAUGAAUCGAACUUCAGCGUACGAACCAUCAGUGGCCUAAGCUCAAUAUACCAGUAAUUUUGAUGUGAUUUUAUGAAUAGUUUUGAAUAUAAAUAGCCUUAAAAGUUA